AGCGGCCUGCGGGGCGUACCCUCGCGCUACGGUCGCUGUGCAGGGUUCUUUGGGCAGCUCGCGUGGAGAGCCGGCGGCCUAUGUUCGCUUAGGACGAUGGCGGAGGGAGAUAAUCGUAGCACCAACCUGCUGGCCGCCGAGACCGCGAGUCUGGAAGAGCAGCUUCAAGGAUGGGGAGAAGUGAUGCUGAUGGCUGAUAAAGUCCUGCGCUGGGAACGAGCCUGGUUUCCCCCUGCCAUCGUGGGUGUGGUCUCCUUGGUGUUUCUGACUAUCUACUAUCUGGACCCAUCUGUUCUGUCUGGUGUCUCCUGUUUUGUUAUGUUUUUGUGCUUGGCCGACUACCUUGUUCCCAUUCUGGCUCCUAGAAUUUUUGGCUCCAAUAAAUGGACCACUGAGCAACAACAAAGAUUCCAUGAAAUUUGUAGCAAUCUAGUAAAAACUCGACGCAGAGCUGUGGGCUGGUGGAAACGCCUCUUUACACUAAAGGAAGAAAAGCCUAAAAUGUACUUCAUGACCAUGAUCGUUUCUCUUGCUGCGGUCGCUUGGGUGGGACAGCAAGUCCACAACCUGCUGCUCACCUACCUGAUCGUGACUUUCUUACUGUUGCUUCCUGGAUUAAACCAGCACGGAAUCAUUUUGAAGUACAUUGGAAUGGCCAAAAGGGAGAUAAAUAAGCUUCUCAAACAAAAAGAAAAGAAAAAUGAAUAAUGCGUCUGCUUUAUUCAGUGCAACGAAUGGCAUAUAUGUUGUCCUUGGGAACAGUUUCUGUGAUGCUGUCUUGAUUCUAAAAUGUUAGAGAAGUAGCUCUUUGCUCUCCCUCUUUCUGCCCUUAGUAGAUAUUCAGACCUGCCAAGUAAGGCUUUAUGCGUAGUGUCUUCACGUGAAGUGUAGCUGGAUGCGGUCUCAUCAGUUGGCCUUAUAUGGACAGUUCAUUCCUGAAUAUGACUUGUUUUGAUUUUUCUCACCCAGGUUAAUUGAAUUCUUGCUUUUAGGCAACUUCCUUUAAAGUACAGAGUGGUGAACUUCACCUUUUAGUAUACUUGACUGUGACUUUGGAUAUUUGUUCCAGUUGAUUUUUGCUGUAGCUAGAUACAAGGGAGUGGUCUGUGGCUACAGGAAGCUGGUUCUACUGUCUGCUUCCACAGUCUGCUUUCACUGGCUGGCUCCACGAAGAGAGUUUACCGCUGCUGACGCAGGGACCGAUUCAGAUUCAUUCCUCACGCUGUUUCUGUGCUGUGGGAGAAGAGUCCUGGAAUGAAAUGAAACCAGUUCCAUGCCCUACUAUGUGUUGGUUUCUACCUUGUGCAAAAUUUAGCGAUUUGUAAGAAACACUGAUCCCUCCUCCCAAAUGGGGAGCACGACAGGCUGAGGGCUCUCCUCUCCUUGCUCUUAGACUUCAAGUUAGUAGAUCCUUAAAGGCUUUUUAACAGCAGGCUUCUAAAAGUUUGUGGUUAGGAUUUUUUAGCAUAUUUUUAAUUUCAGAUUUUUCAGCUUACUGAAACUAAAGUAUGUAAUAGGUUAAGACUCAGGUCUAUGACCUUCACUCCAACACCAGCCAAUAAAGGACAAAAGUCUUCCUAUCU